GCCGGUAGUUCAGUGCUGUUCGACGUAAACAAAACUGUUCGCUGGUAAACCACUAUACAAAACGUGACCUAGUUAAGCCGAGAUAUCAAGAAGGAAGGGCUGAUUCAAGUGUUAUACUGUCUGAUGUUCCAUGUCUGCAACAAGGUCAGCCAUGAGACUCCACUUCCCUCUUCUGGUCUGCCUGGCAGCAGCUAUGUCCUCUGCUGUUGUUACUUCACCAAUCAAAUUAUGGACCAAAGUGAUCCUGACACAGCAGUGGCCCAAAACCUUCUGUUCUACGGAGCAUUGCCAACUCAAUGUUAGUUACUGGACACUGCAUGGACUGUGGCCUGAUAAAGGGGAAUUCUGUAAUUCUUCCUGGCAUUUCAACGCUACUGAAAUAGAGGACCUGAUCCCAGACAUGAAGAAGGUUUGGCCAGACCUGCUCAGCCCUUCUUCUUUUCACUUCUGGAAGUACGAGUGGUCUAAACAUGGAACAUGUGCAGCAGAAGCUGAUUCGCUGAACAGUCAACACAAGUAUUUCAGCAAGGCACUGGAAUUGUAUCAGAAGGUGGAUUUGAACAGCAUGCUGCAGAAGGCUAACAUUAUCCCCUCUGACGAAUACUACACUUUUUCAGAUAUUGAGCAAGCAAUGGAAAACUUCUAUGGCGUGAAACCCAAGAUCCAAUGUUUGCAUCCAUCAACGAACUCUGAGCCCCAGACUUUGGGACAGAUUGAGAUCUGUUUUGAUGCUGACUUCACUCUGCAUGACUGUGAGAAACACUUUGCCACUAAUACUCUUUCAAGAGGACAGUGGGACCAAAACAAAUCAUCUGGACUCAGUGUGUGUUCUCCUGACAUACCAGUUUAUUACCCACCUAAUUCUUAAAUGCAAACAUGUUCAAACUGGGGAGCUGUUGCUCACUAAAAAUCUCCUUUUACCUUUUUAUGGACAAAAAUAGUUCGUUUUUGUUUGUAAAUGGAUCGUAAUUUAGCAUGUACACUAAUAAGCAACCCAUUUCACCCUGUUUAGUAUCCCAUUUAACAAUUUUGAGUUUCUGUCAGGUUUACAAAUAUAAUUAGUAGCACAUUUUGAGCAAUGCUUGAAUUCAAGUUGGCUUAAACCACAAUGCUGUUUGCAUAUACAGCAAAAAAUGAAAAACACUCGUGGAAACUAAAAUGUUCAGUUUAGUACAGUCAGUUUUUGUGUCCUAUUUACAGAGGAAAUCCCUUAUACUGAACAUGUUUUUAAGGAUUUAUUAGGUUUACUUGAUGAUGGACUUUAUUUGUUUAUGAGAAUUCAGGUCUGAUCCCAUGAAGACACUGAUAAUUACACAAAAAUAUAAAGUUGUGUUUUACUAGCCGCUUUAUAUUGCAGGAUACUGUGGGAAAUAUAACACUCCAUAGACUGAGCUAAUGGGAUCAUAUAGAUGUUGAAGAAAAAUAGCCCAAGCUUAGAGCCUUGAGGUACUCCACAUGGGAUUUUUGCUUGCCCUGAUUUAUUAUCACCAAAUGUCACAAAGUAGUUCAAGUCUGCCGAAGAGGAUCACACUUGUUUUGCACUGUAACAGACAAUCUUGCUCUCUUUGCCAUUCUGUCAGUGAGAAUUUUAUGAUCCCUUGUUUUGAACACCUACAUCCAGUAAAACCAAAACAGAGGCUUUGUGAUUUGUCGUUGUUAAAACGCGUCCCAUUCAAAUUCUGUUGUGUAUUUUUUCUUAUUUUGUUAACUGGAAUCGUCUUGAUCCAGGGCAAUUUGCAAGGUUUUACUUUGUCCUGGGGGGAUGGAAAUGGCCUUUACUUUAAAGUGCCUUACUUUGUUAACUUCUUUGUCAUUUAUUUGACCUUUCUGAUAAUUGUUCUGCCUCUUUUUGAAUUUUUGCCAAGUAUAUGAAAUGAUACUCUAGAAUGUUAAAUAAACAUGGAGCGCCUGUGAUGAGAUUUAUUCAUGAACAGUGAUUAUUUUUAAUCACCUGUUACCUCAGGUUAUGUUUAUGUGUAGCAAACUGAUUGCUUGAUGUUAAAUAAUAUCUUCUGCUGUCAAAUGUCCUAAAAUUAGCAAUUGCACAAUGCUGUACGUUCUUAUUUUUAAUAUGAAUAAAUCUAUCCUUUUGAUUCUCA